AACAGCUUCCAGCCAGCGGUGCUGUUCCACUGUGCAUCUGGUCAGGAGGGAUCUCUGGGUCAGCGGCUGGACUGCCGCCCCAGCGACUCUUUCUAGCUGACAAUUUAGUAAGGUCCGUUUACUGCUGAACUGUCAUGACCUGAAUGGCUGGUGAGGGCAGACGCCAGCCUCUCAUCACCUCCUAAGCAACCAGAACUCAGCAAACCGGAGAUCCUGGAAGAAAGAGAAGCCCAGGAAGAGAAAGGGGUUCAAGAAGCGUGGCUUUUCAGGGGCUUUCCUUAGGUGCUGGUGGAGACCUUUCACAUGGUAGCAAGUACAAAAUUGGAAAUGGCUUCCUCAGAACUUAAGGGCCUUAUCCCCUUCACCAGAGAAUCUCUUGAACUUAUGCAACAGUGUAAUGCUAAAAAACACAGUGAAAAACACAAAGCAGAAGAUUUAAAACCCAACAUUGACUUGGAAGUUGGAAAAGAGCUUCCAUUUGUUUAUGGAAAUCUACUUCGAGCAAUGGUAUCAGAGCCAUUGGAAGAUGUGGACCCAUACUACAGGAAUAAAAAGACUUUCAUGGUAUUAAAUAAAAAGAGAACAAUCUUCAGAUUCAGUGCCACCUGGUGUACAUUGUCUCCUUUCAAUUCAAUUAGGAAAACAGCCAUAAAGAUUUUGGUACAUCCCUUUUUCCGACUGCUAAUUUUAAUUAGCGUCCUGAUUGACUGUGUGUUUAUGUCCAUGAUUGAUAUGCCAAAAUGGGGGCUAGCAUUACAGAAUACUUUGCUUGGAAUUUACACAUUCGAAAUACUUGUAAAACUCAUUGCAAGAGGCAUCUGGGCAGGACCUUUUCAUUUCUUUGGUGAUCCAUGGAAUUGGCUGGAUUUCAGUGUAACUUUGUUUGAGCAUAUAACAAGAUAUUCAUCUUUAAACUUAAUUUCAAUAUUUGGAAUUAUAAGAAAUUUAAGAAUUUUGAAAAUUAUUUCUUUAAACCAAGGACUGAAGUCUUUUGCAAGGAUCCUGACCCAUUGUUUGAAGAAGCUUACUGGGGUCAUUAUCCUAACUCUGUUUUUUCUGACCAUAUUUUCUCUAAUUGGGAUGGAACUCUUUAUGGGCAACCUGAAACAUAAAUGUUUGCGAUGGCCCCAAGAAAAUGAAACUGAAAUGCUGCACAACAGAACUGGAAAUCCAUAUUAUAUUAGAGAAAACUUUUAUUAUUUGGAAGGAGAAAGAUAUGCUCUUCUUUGUGGCAACAGAACAGAUGCUGGGCAGUGUCCUGAAGGAUAUGUGUGUAUAAAAGCUGGUGUAAAUCCUGAUCAUGGCUACACAAAUUUUGACAGUUUUGGCUGGGCCUUAUUAGCCCUGUUUCGGUUAAUGACGCAGGAUUACCCUGAAGCACUUUAUCACCAGAUUCUUUAUGCUUCUGGGAAGAUCUAUAUGAUAUUUUUUGUCAUGAUAAGUUUUUGGUUUGCCUUUUAUAUAGCAAGUUUGUUCUUAGGUAUACUUGCUAUGUCCUAUGAAGAAGAAAAGCAGACAGCUGCUGAAAAAGCUAAGAAAAUUGAGCCAGAAUUUCAGCAGUCUUUAACGGAACUUCAAGAAGGAAAAAAAGCAACAGAGACCAAGACCACACAAAUAGAAAUGAAGAAAAAAUUAUCACCUUCUAUGAUUACUUCUUUGGAUAUGCUGGAUGAUGCUACUCUCAGACAUAAAGAAGAACUUAAAAAGUCCAGAAAGAGAUGUGCAUUUCAUUGGUAUAGAUUUUCUAAAACUCUCUUGAUCUGGAAUUGUUCACCCUGUUGGUUAAAAUUGAAGGACUGUGUUCAUGUGGUUAUCAUGGACCCAUUUACUGAUUUUUUCCUUACCAUAUGCAUAAUUCUAAACAUACUUUUUUUGGCUUCGGAACACUAUCCAAUGAGUGUAGAAACUAGCAAUGUUCUCAGCAUUGGAAACCUGGCAUUUAUUGGAAUUUUUACAACAGAAAUGAUUUUUAAAAUAAUCGCUAUGCAUCCAUAUGGGUAUUUCCAAGUAGGUUGGAACGUUUAUGAUAGCCUAAUUGUGUUCCAUGGUUUCACAGAACUUUGUCUAGAAAAUUUUCAUGGACUGGCUGUUUUUCGAUCAUUCAGGGUGUUACGAAUUUUCAAGUUGGGGAAAUAUUGGCCAACCUUUAAGAUUCUAAUGCUGACUCUUGGUAACUCAAUUGUCACCCUGAAAGACUUGGUCUUGCUCUUGUUCACAUUUAUAUUCUUCUCUGCUGUGGUUGGCCUGAAGCUGUUUGGUUCGAAUUACAAAGAAUGUGUCUGCAACAUAGAUGAAGGCUGUCAACUCCCACACUGGCACAUGAAUGAUUUCUUCCACUCCUUCCUGAAUGUGUUCCGGAUUGUCUGUGGAGAGUGGAUAGAGACUUUGUGGGAUUGCUUUCAGGUAGCAAGCCAGUUCAGUUGUAUUCCCUUUUACAUGAUGGUGAUUUUAAUUGGAAACUUAUUGAUACUUUACCUGUUUUUGGCAUUGAUCAGCUCAUUUAGUUCAUACAAGGCUGCAACAAUUGAAGAGAAUGAUGAAGCCAAAAAUCUCCAGUGUGCAAUGGCAAGGAUUAAAAGAGGAAUAAACUAUAUGCUUCCAAAAAUAUUAUGCAAAAAGAAAAAGGUUCAAGAGGAAACAAUGAAUAAUAUAAGUGAUAUAUAUGUUAAAGAGAAUAUUUCUGACCAUACUCUCUCUGAAUUGAGCAACACCCAGGAUUUCCUCAAGGAUAAAGAAAAAAGCAGUGGCACAGAGAAAAACACAAUGACUGAAAAUGAGAGUCGCUCACUUAUCCCCAGUCCAAGUGUCUCAGAAACUGUACCGAUUGCAUCAGAAGAGUCUGAUAUAGAAAAUCUGGACAAUAAGAAAAUUCAGAGUAAGUCAGGAGAUGGAAGCAGCAAAGAGAAGGUAAAGCAAUCUAGUUCAUCUGAAUGCAGUACAGUUGAUAUUGCUAUCUCUGAAGAGGAAAUGGUCUAUGAACAUGAAAAGCUGAAGCAUUUUAAAAAUGGUUAUGAACGAAGAUCUUCCUCUGCUCAAAUCAGUAGAGAAUCCAAGAAAGGAAAAAUUUGGCAGAACAUGGGGAAAACUUGCUGUAAAAUAGUAGAAAAUAGUUGCUUUAAGUGUUUCAUUGGCCUUGUUACUCUGCUUAGCACAGGUGCUCUGGCUUUUGAAGAUAUAUAUAUUGAUCAGAGAAAGACUAUUAAAAUCUUAUUGGAAUAUGCUGACAUGAUCUUCACUUACAUCUUUAUUCUGGAAAUGCUCCUAAAGUGGAUGGCAUAUGGUUUUAAAUCCUAUUUCACUAAUGGCUGGUACAGACUAGAAUUCAUAGUUGUUAUUGUGUUUUGUCUUAGCUUAAUGGGCAAAUCUCGGGAAGAACUGAAACCACUUAUUUCCAUUAAAUUCCUUCGGGCUCUCAGAGUUCUAUCUCAAUUUGAAAGAAUGAAGGUGGUAGUGAGAACUUUGAUAAAAACAACUUUACCCACGGCAAAUGUGUUUCUGGUCUGCCUUAUGAUCUGGCUGGCUUUUGGCAUCAUAGGAGUACAUUUAUUUGCUGGCACAUUCUAUGAAUGCAUUGACCUAACAAGUGGAGAAAGGUUUCCUAUAUCUGAAGUCAUGAAUAGAAGUCAGUGUGAAAGCCUUGUAUUUAAUGAAUCCAUGCCAUGGGAGAAUGCAAAACUGAACUUUGAUAAUGUUGGAAUCAGCUUUCUUUCACUGCUUCAAGUAGCAACAUUUAAUGGAUGGAUCACUAUUAUGAAUUCAGCAGUUGACUCUACUGGUGUAGAUAUGCAGCCUAAUUUUGAAAAUAACAUCUACAUGUAUUGUUACUUUGUUGUCUUUAUUAUUGUUGGAUUAUUUCUUCCUCUGAGUAUGUUGAUUGGUGCAAUUGUUGCUAAUUUCAACAAGUAUAAAAUGAAGGGAGGUGCAAAUAUAUUUAUAACAGUAAAACAGAAGAAACAAUACCGUGCACUGAAGAAGCUGAUGUAUGAUGACUCUCAAAAACCAGUACUUCGCCCAGGAAACAAGUUCCAAGGAUUCAUCUUUGACUUGGUAACAAAUCAAGUUUUUAAUGUCAUCAUUAUGGUUCUUAUCUGUUUCCAAGCAAUAACCAUUAUGAUACAAAGUGAUGAACAGAGCCUGCAAAUAGACAUUGCUCUCUACUGGAUUAACUCAGUUUUUGUUAUGCUAUAUGCUGGAGAAUGUGUGCUGAAGCUCAUCGUUUUCCAUUGUAACUAUUUCACUAGUGGAUGGAACAUUUUUGAUUUUAUGGUGGUUGUUUUCUCUAUUACAGGACUAUUUCUGCCUCUGACGGUAGGAUAUUACCUUGUACCUCCUUCCCUUGUGCAACUGAUACUUCUCUCACGGAUCAUCCACAUCCUGCGUCCUGAGAAAGGACCAAAGGUGUUCCAUGAUCUGCUGCUUCCUUUGAUGCUGUCACUCCCCGCAUUGUUGAACAUCAGUCUUCUCAUCUUCCUGGUCAUGUUUGUCUACGCCAUCUUCGGAAUGUACAGUUUUGCCUAUGUUAAAAAGGGAGGUGGAAUUAAUGAUGUGUCCAACUUUGAAACCUUUGGCAGCAGUAUGCUCUGUCUUUUCCAAGUUACAAUAUUUUCUGGUUGGGAUCAAAUGCUUGAUGCAAUUUUCAACAGCAAAUGGUCUGACUGUGAUCCUGAUAAAAUUAAUCCUGGGACUCAGGUUAGAGGAGACUGUGGUAACCCCACAGUUGGGAUUAUUUAUUUUGUCAGUUACAUCCUCAUAUCAUGGCUGAUCAUUAUAAACAUGUACAUUGUUGCUGUCAUGGAGUUUUUAAAUAUUGCUUCUAAAAAAAAAGCCAAGACAUUGAGUGAAGAUGAUUUUAGGAAAUUCUUUCAGGUAUGGAAGAGGUAUGAUCCUGAUAGAACCCAGUAUAUAGACUCUAGCAAGCUUUCCGAUUUUGCAGCUGCUCUUGAUCCUCCUCUUUUCAUGGCAAAACCAAACAAGGGCCAACUCGUUGCCAUGGAUCUUCCCAUGGCUGUUGGGGACAGAAUUCAUUGCCUGGAUGUCUUACUUGCUUUAACAAAGCGAGUUAUGGAUAAAGAUGUGAAGAUGGAGAAAGUUCUUUCAGAGAUAGAAUCAGGAUUUAUGUUAGCCAACCCUUUUAAGAUCACAUAUGAGCCAAUUACAACUACUCUGAAACGAAAACAAGAGGCAGUCUCAGCAACUAUCAUUCAACGUGCUUAUAAAAAUUACCGUUUGAGGCAAAAUGACAGAAACACACCAGACAGUCAUGUGAUAGACAAUGACAAGGAAGUCCAGAUUAUCAAAGAAGAUUCUGAUUUUGAAAAAGCUGAGGGAAAGGCAACAAUUCAAAGUCAAAUCUAAUCCCACACUACCUUUUCACCUUCUUUGCAUAUCCUGCAAAUGUUAAAAAUUUAAAUCAGAAAUAAAAGCAAAGAUCAGAGAAAGAAAAUAUUUUACUUAAUAAUCAAUUGUUUACAACCCAUAGCAGAUAAGCUUGUCCUCACAAGAUCCCAUGUCCAGUUCACUUUUACCUCUGUAUAUUCAGUCUAGCCAAGACAACCCCUUACUAUCACUGGAGACUUAAACUGGGUUAAAAUUGUCAUUUGAUAACCCAGUGCUUAUUUUCUCUAUAUGGCUUAUAUGAUAUGCACUUCUUCUGGAGGAUGGGGGAGGUAGUGGCUGCGAUUAGUAGCAAAAGGACUGUCUUAUAUAUUUUAUGUCUGCUUUAACUUGAUAGAUUCAAGUCACCACUGGUAGGAUUUAAGUUCCAAAUAAACAAGUACUUUCUUAAUGUGGGGUGAUGUUUAAAAAAAAAAUAGUACAAUGCUACCAGCCAAUAAUCAUAAAUUUGCCUAAACAGAUGGCAAUCAGGGGAAGAAGAAAUACAGUUCUUAGAAAGUGCCUUGGAGAUCAGUCACUCUUGGGGUGAUUCAAACCACUUUUGAAAAAGAUUAAUUAGAGCUUAAGUUCUGUUUCUGAUUGCUUUUGUUUUAUUUUCUUUUUGGUACUGUGGAUUAAUGUUGUUUCAUUUUUCAUUGUGGUUUCUUAUCUUUGGCUAGUUCCAGCUAAAGUCCAACUCUUUAACAGAAUGGAUUCCUACAAUAAUCAGCAUAAAGGAAACUAUAGUUAUGGUCUACAUUUUUUAAAUUUUCUUAUUUCUCAUUGGGAAACAGUGGCCCCUUUAAAGUACUUUUCACUGUACUUUAUUUUUUUUUUAUAACUUUGAGAAAAAAGUGAUCACUAAAACUAUGUGGACUCAAAUAGGAGAUCAAAGUGUGAGUUUAUUGGUUGUGGUGUUUUAUAACAUUAGUGAAUGCAAAUUAGUUUGCACUGAUUUAUUUUUCCAAGUUUUUUUGUUGGUUUGUUUUUAUCACGUACAUAAUAACUCUGUAAAAUGUUUUAUGUUUGAAAAUUUUUAAAGUCCUAAACAUUAAUUUUCACUAGUAAAAUUGUUUGUUAAGGAUAGGCACAAAUAUGAAGAAAGCAUAAAAAUGCAGUCACUUGCAUCCCUGUAGUCUGAGAUUCUGAUAUUUCUUCCAUUUGUAUUAAGACUGAUUUCAAUGUGCCUACAAAGUGCUAAAGGAUUCAAAAAGAAAAUAUAUAUACUCUUGACUUACAUGACAUUUUAAAUAUGUUGUAUGACAUUCAGUAUCACUUAAAUAUCAGCAAUUAUAUUUUAUUAUGAAUGCAUGAUCCCAAUUGAGCCUUAACUAUUAUAAUCUAUUUCUGCUCCUCAGAAAUGUAUUAACCUGACCAAGAUGCCUUUGGGGACCCCCCCCCCCAAGCAAAUGUAAUUUCAGGGCUCUGUUUCUUUCAAUAAGUGUUCCUUCCUUCUCUCCUCCCCUUCUCCAUCAUGUGUUGGAGACCAGUGAGGAGUCAGUACUAAUUUAGGGGCAUGGUAAGAGCCAGUGCUUUAGCUAAGCUUCUCAGUUUUCUAUUUCUUGGAAAUGCUUUGAUGUGGAAACUGCUUCAAAUAUUUAAAUUUAACUUGCUUCUGUAAAUUCCAUAAAGAUUAUGAACUGAUUUUAGUUUGAAAAUUCUAUCUUUUAAUUGAAAUCAUUUGCCAUUAACCUCCCAAAAACUAUGUAAAGAAUUAUUUUUAACAAAGUCUUACAAUAUAUUCUACUUUUUAGAUACUAAAGAAAAUAAUAAAUCUAACCUGUUAACCACACUAAACUUUGGUUCUUUU